GCUUAUCAAACCCCCGUAUCAUCUCUGCUCUAUUUAUUCGUCUCAGACACAUUUGGUUCUUCGCUUCACAUGAACUUCUCCUCCUCCUCCUCCUCCACCAAAUACCUAGAGAGAAAGUAUUUAAAAAAGGAAGAGUCUAGAGAGAGAAAGAGACUCCAGCGACCAAAAAAAGGAGGCGUUGUUGGGUGGAGAGGACAAAGAGCAGGACAUGUCGUCCUUGAGCAGAGAGCUUGUGUUUCUGAUACUUCAGUUCCUUGAUGAAGAGAAAUUCAAAGAAACUGUCCAUAGAUUGGAACAAGAAUCUGCAUUUUUCUUUAAUAUGCGCCACUUUGAGGAAUUGGUAACAAAUGGAGAUUGGGAUGAUGUGGAGAAGUACCUUUCAGGCUUCACAAAAGUUGAUGACAACAGAUAUUCAAUGAAAAUCUUCUUUGAGAUCCGAAAGCAAAAAUAUCUUGAAGCGCUUGACAUGAAGGAUCGCGCUAAAGGUGUUGAAAUUCUAGUUAAAGACUUAAAGGUUUUUUCGGCUUUUAAUGAAGACCUUUUCAAAGAAAUAACACAACUCCUUACCCUCGAGAACUUCAGAGACAAUGAGCAAUUGUCUAAAUAUGGAGAUACUAAAUCUGCAAGGAGUAUUAUGCUCGGUGAGCUGAAGAAACUGAUUGAAGCAAACCCCUUGUUUCGUGAUAAACUAACAUUUCCAACCUUGAAGAACUCAAGGCUGCGGACAUUAAUCAACCAGAGUUUGAAUUGGCAGCACCAGCUCUGUAAGAAUCCAAAAUCUAACCCUGAUAUAAAGACACUAUUUGUUGAUCAUUCUUGUGGGCAGUCGCAGCCAAAUGGUGCUCGUGCCCCUUCACCCGUUACUAAUCUGAUGGGAGCAGUCCCUAAGUCGGGGGGAUUUCCAUCUCUGGGUUCUCAUGGCCCCUUUCAGCCAUCACCUGCCCCUUUGCCAACAUCUCUUGCUGGAUGGAUGGCUAGUCCAUCUCAAAUUCCACAUCCUUCAGCUUCUGCUGGGCCCAUGGGUUUUACUCCACCUAACAAUACUGCAGCCUUAUUAAAACGCCCUCGGACUCCACCCACAAAUAAUCCACCUUUGGACUAUCAAACAGCUGACUCUGAACAUGUGUUGAAGAGGCCACGACCAUUUGGAAUUUCUGAUGAAGCUAACAACAUGCCUGUCAGUAUUUUACCUGUUGGAUAUGCCAGUCAGAAUCAUGGCCAAAGUUCAUGUUCAACCGAUGAUUUGCCGAAAGCUGUUGUUAUGACUUUGAACCAAGGUUCAUCAGUCAAGAGUAUGGAUUUUCAUCCUGUGCAACAGAUUCUACUUCUUGUUGGGACAAGCUCAGGAGAGAUAAUGAUUUGGGAAUUGGGUACUAGGGAUAGACUUGCCCAUAAAAAUUUCAAAGUUUGGGACAUAGAAGCUUGUUCAGCUACAUUUCAGGCUUCUAUGGCAAAAGAGUACUCUGCCUCAAUUAAUCGCGUAAUGUGGAGCCCUGAUGGAUCUCUAUUUGGUGUUGCAUACUCCAAGCACAUUGUACACAUCUACUCAUAUCAUGGUGGUGAUGAUUUAAGAAACCAUUUUGAGAUUGAAGCCCAUACAGGAAGUGUCAAUGAUAUUGCUUUCUCAUACCCCAACAGACAACUUUGUAUCAUUACUUGUGGAGAUGACAAGCUAAUUAAGGUAUGGGAUACAGUAACAGGUACCAAGCAAUACACAUUUGAGGGCCAUGAAGCGCCGGUAUAUUCUGUAUGUCCACAUCACAAAGAAAGCAUUCAGUUUAUCUUCUCGUUGGCAACAGAUGGCAAAAUAAAGGCUUGGUUGUAUGACAAUGCUGGUUCCAGAGUAGAUUAUGAUGCUCCAGGUCGUUCGUCUACUACUAUGGCCUACAGUGCUGAUGGAACAAGGCUGUUUUCAUGCGGCACCAACAAAGAAGGGGAGUCAUUCCUUGUGGAAUGGAAUGAAAGUGAUGGAGCUGUCAAGCGAUCAUAUGUUGGUAUUGGGAAGCGUGCGAUAGGAGUUGUGCAAUUUGAUACUACUAAGAAUAGAUUUUUGGCAGCUGGUGAUGAGUUCAAGGUCAAAUUUUGGGACAUGGACAAUGUGAACUUGUUGACUGCUACUGAUGCAGAUGGGGGAUUACCUGCAUCACCUUGUCUUCGGUUUAGUAAAGAAGGAAUGUUAUUGGCAGUUUCAACAAGUGAGAGUAGCAUCAAAAUUUUGGCUAAUGCUGAUGGUGCUAGGAUGUUACGAACAAUGGAAAAUCGUCCAUUUGAUGUUUCAAGGGUUGCCUCUGCUACUGUGAAGCCACCUAUGAUGGGUAGUUUUGGUGUUCAAAAUGCACCUGUUGCACCAAAUGCUGUAGAUAGAAUAUCUCCCAUGACAUCCAUUGUCUCGAUGAAUGGUGAAAGUCGAAAUAUGGUUGAUGUGAAGCCCAGGAUUGCCGAUGAAUCUACAGAAAAAUCUAGGGUUUGGAAGUUGACUGAGAUCAAUGAUCCAUCACAGUGCCGCUCUUUGAAACUUCCUGAUAAUUUGCCAGCUGCUAAGAUUUCAAGAUUGAUAUAUACUAAUACAGGAGUUGCCAUAUUGGCGUUAGCUUCAAAUGCUGUGCACAAACUUUGGAAAUGGCCUCGGAUUGAGAGAAAUCCUUCUGGAAAGGCAAAUGCUAGUAUCACUCCUCAACUUUGGCAACCUGCAAGUGGAAUAUUGAUGACCAAUGACAUCAGUGAGACAACCCCAGAAGAGGCUGUCCCUUGCUUUGCAUUGUCAAAGAAUGAUUCCUAUGUCAUGUCUGCUUCGGGAGGGAAAAUUUCUCUGUUUAAUAUGAUGACUUUUAAGACUAUGACGACCUUCAUGCCCCCUCCACCUGCAGCUACAUUUUUGGCAUUCCAUCCGCAAGACAACAACAUUAUAGCCAUUGGCAUGGAGGAUUCCACAAUCCAAAUAUAUAAUGUCCGAGUUGAUGAGGUGAAGACCAAGCUUAAAGGACAUCAUAAAAGAAUUACUGGACUUGCUUUCUCUAAUGCUCUUAAUGUACUUGUAUCAUCCGGAGCUGAUUCUCAGCUUUGUGUUUGGAACACUGAUGGUUGGGAAAGGCAAACGAGCAAGUGCUUGCAAAUUCCAGCAGGGCGUUCGGCUGCUUCACUUGCAGACACGCGUGUCCAAUUUCACCAAGAUCAAACUCAGUUGCUAGUGGUGCAUGAGACACAGAUAGCAAUAUACGAAGCACCCAAACUUGACUGCCGCAGACAGUGGGUACCCCGAGAGGCAAGUGCAAUCACAUAUGCGACAUAUUCAUGUGAUAGCCAGUCUAUAUAUGUCAGUUUUGAAGAUGGGGGUGUAGGUGUUUUAACUGCUACAAAUCUUAGAUGGAGAUGUCGGAUAUAUCCUACCUCAUACCUUACUCUUGCUAAUCCAAGCGUGAGGGUCCAUCCGCUAGUAAUUGCUGCACACCCAUCGGAUCCUAAUCAGUUUGCACUGGGACUGAGUGAUGGUGGUGUGAUCGUACUAGAGCCGACCGAGUCUGAAGGCAAGUGGGGAACUAUGCCCCCAACUGAAAAUGGUGCCGGACCGUCCUCUGCUGCUGCUCCUCCCUGUUCAGAUCAACCCCAUCGGUGAUCUCCCCCCCCACUGUCAGUCCAAGAAUAGGAAAAAAAAGGUGUAGAUCUACAUGCUUUGGACAGGAUAUUUAGAAGUUAUAUGUAGGUGCAGAGGAAGAAGAAGUGCACAUCAAGGGUGAAAACCUCUUGGUCUGUCCUAGGUCAGGGUCAUUUCUUUCUCGUAGGACGCAACACAGUAGGAUGGAUAUAUAUGGGUAUGGUGUAACUUUUAAGGUUCAUCAAGGAUGCUUUGCUUUGUAGGGCUUCUUCUUCUUAUUUUGCCUUUGUCCAUGGUCUCUGUAACUUGAGGGUUUUUCUUUUUCAAGGUUUUUGUAAAAUCCUGCUCCAAGAAUUCUCCCUGCUCAAUUGAUUU